AUGUUCGCGGUAUACUUAUGCUUAGUUAGUAUUAUUUUACCCCCAUUUGUGUCCUCGAAAAUUUCUCUAGUAACUUUUGGAGGAAUAACAUAUUUGAAUGGUCAGCACAUAGUCGAAGCACCUUAUAAUGGCAAUAUAGAAGAUGGAAUUGUGAAUGGUUAUACCAAAGGAUUGAAAUUAGUCAUUGUGAAAACAUUGACGCUUCAAGAAAGAAUAACUCUUAGAGAGCAAUUAAAGAAAGCAAAUGACAAAUUAACCAAACUGGAGGAGAUAAAAAUGAAAAGAUUAGAGGAUCGUGAAAAUGAUUUGGAGAAAUUGAUCAAAGGAGAAGAAGAGCAACGACCUAAAGACUUAACAAAUGAAAAUAAAGUCCCACAGAAAACUAUAAGACGUAAGAAAUUUAUUGUUAAAGAAAUGCCGGAACCGAACAAUAUAACAGAAGUCGAUGGUGUGGGAGGUGACUCAUGA